CGAGGCUUGUAAAUGUCGUGUGUUGUACGUCAUCAAUGGCAAUAGGCAAGAGCUGACCACCUGAGGUACAUUGGCUGCGCCUGGAUACGCCAUGGCUUAUGACUUAUGAGCCCCCUCGGCCAUACUUCGUGGGUCCCUGCUGGACCUACAGUUGGAGGAGGCCUGUGCCCGCGGCAAUAAUAGUACGUUAGGUGUCAAUAUUUGCGCCUAAUAUACGCCAGCACAAAGCCAAUUGCUGAACAGCUUAGUUCGCACAGUACAGGCCUGUCAAGAACCCUCUAGACCCCCCACCCUCACCCUCACCCUCACACAAGCCAGAAUCCCUCGAAUCCUCCCCCAAUUAUUCCUGUCCCUCAUUCUCUCAGAGCCCAUCGACAGCCAAACCACAAACUUGGACACGGAUCCACCCCUCGCCUGCCACUAUUUCAAUUACCCACCGCCGCAUCCAUCAUCCCUCAGUGCGCCCUGUCCUUCCUGUCGUCUAAGCAAACGGCCCUUGGCCCCUCCAACCCAUCCAGCUCCUCCGUAGACAUCCUUCAGUCGCACAUCUUCGCUCUGCAGGCAUCACCAUUUGUCCUCUCUACUUCCCUUGCACCUUUCCCGCCAGUCACCCACGUCCUCCAUUCCUCGCCCACUCCGAUAUUUACAGACCAUUGGGCUUCUUCCCCACUUCCGAGCCUUCCAUUCAAGAACCGAGUUGAUUGAGGGAAACCCACUUCAACUGUCUACACUCACAACCUGUCCAUUGGUGACCGAACCCAAGCAUGAGUCUCAAAGGUGUUGGAAAGAGUAUCAGUCGUGCGCCUCAGCAGUUCAAGCAGCGGUUUAAUAUCGGCGACAACACAAAGGAUGCUGUCUAUAUUGAUGCCGAACGCCGGUUUGCCGAGCUAGAGACAGAGACCAAGAAACUCCACGAUGAGUCCAAGAAGUAUUUUGACGCCAUCAAUGGAAUGUUGAACCACCAGAUCGAGUUCUCCAAGGCCAUCCAGGAAAUAUACAAACCCAUCUCCGGUCGUGUCUCAGAUCCCAAUUCAAUCAUCCCAGAAGGCAAUCCAGAGGGUAUCCGAGCCUGUGAAGAGUAUGAAGCGAUCGUCCGAGAACUGCAGGCGACCUUGAAACCCGAGUUGGAGAUGAUUGAGCAAAGAGUCAUUGCGCCUGCAGAUCAACUACUCGAGGUGAUCAAGGUCAUUCGCAAACAAGCUGUGAAACGUCAGCAUAAACAACUCGACUAUGAUCGACAUCGUGCCACAUUGAAGAAACUCCAAGACAAGAAAGAGAAGACACUCAAGGAUGAGAAGGCUCUGUUCAAGGCCGAGAAUGAUGUCGAGCAAGCCACUCAGGACUACGAAUACUUCAACAACCUCCUCAAAGACGAAUUACCCAAGCUAUUUGCCUUGGAAGCCGAAUUUAUCCGACCACUUUUCCAGUCAUUCUACUACAUGCAGCUCAACGUAUUUUAUACCCUCCAUGAAAAGAUGCAAGGGAUCAACAUCGGAUACUUCAACCUGACCCUUGAUAUCGAGGAAGCCUUUGAAAUGAAAAGAGGCGAUGUCAAGGAAAGGGCCGAAGAGCUAACAAUAGUUCAUUUUAAAGGCACCGGUGGACUCAAGACCGCAAGAGGGACGUCGAAAUAUUCCAAAUCCAAAGAAGCAGAGGCCAGCAAAUCUUCGUAUGCAAGCCGGAGGACCCAGAAUCCAGAAGAUGGUAUUGCAAAUCCGCCACCCCCAUAUUCUCCCACGGGCGCAGCGAGUUCACCAAGCAGUCCUGCGUUGGCCGCUUCUAUUGCGGCCAAGGGUAAACCACCACCACCUAAACCCAAACCUAGUCGUCUCAGCGGGGUACCCGCGGCGGAGACGGUGACAGCGUUGUACGACUAUGAAGCCCAGGCUGAAGGAGAUCUGAGUUUCAUGACUGGCGAUGUCAUUGAAAUCGUCGCGCGGACACAAAACGAGAACGAGUGGUGGACAGGAAAAGUCAAUGGUAGACAAGGGCAAUUUCCUGGUAGGUCAAAUCGAGUUGGUGAGAAGCUAUGUGACUAGUAUGUGAGUCUAAUCGUGAUACAGGCAAUUACGUUCGUCUCAACUAAACCGGCGCAUUACAUUUCGAUCAAGUUCUCGAUGGUCCUACAAAGGCCACAUUGCGGAAAUGGGUCGGUUAGUCAGUGGUUCACUACCACCAGAACUUGAUUAGUGGCACUUGGCUGUAAUAUCUGAGAUUUCACUGGCACAUCAAAACCUCAUCCAGACACACGACUCGAACCAUGAUACGAAUCCUGCCGUCUACAAGGGAACAAGAAAUAAAUUAAACAGGGGCAGCAUGACCUGGAGUUCUCAGUACCAACAUGACAAAUGCCCGCACUCUUCCUGGAUCGUUGCGGUCUCGAGGUAUUGAAAUCUUAAGACUUGGUAGCACUUGUUCUGAGUUGCUCAAGAUUCAACCUUCACAUACCGACAAGUUCUAGAGUGGUGAGACGCUGUCGACGGUGGAUUCGCGAUGUACGUGACGGGGUACUGCCUCUCAAACACAACAAUUCACCAUCAAGCCAACAAACCUUGUUCGACCUGACUUGACUGCAUGCAUAGCUAAUGAGUUCUGGUAGCCUUCGGAUUCGCCUGUCUUGGGCCUAGUAGACUUAUCGAUAUACCUUGAAUCUCAAUCAUAUGGCUACAGACUACGGUCUAAUAUGCAUUUUUGUCACUUUGUAGGGUGACAAGCGUCUAGGCAAACAGAUAGGUCGUGUUUUUACGCAUAAUAUACACUUACAGCUAGGAAGAUGUAGCGCUUUCAAGCUCAGGUUGCACUGCCAUGCACACCAGACUUUGUCUCUUUGGAAGCGACGCUCAUCAGAGACAUGGUUCAGGACAUUCUCCAGCGUCUCACUUCUUCUGCUCGGCCUCAGCUUGCUUCUGCAAGUCAAGUUCGACACCGCGCUGUCUCGUCUUGCCCUCGUCAUGUUGAUCGGCGUAUUUAGCCUGGGCCUCACGAUCGCCAGUCAAGCCAGCGACGGCACUACCCAUGGUUCCUUGAACACGAUCACUAAUACCUUGACCAAGAUCGGUGAGUUGACCCUUGGCUUCUUCACCUUGACCCUGCAUGUUCUGCUCACGGCCUUGCUGCUUAAGAUUUUCGUUGCCGAUGAGGUUGCCUGCCGCUUCCUUCAUGCUGCCGACGGUCUGAUCCCAUUGGCCUUGGGUGCGGUUGCUGUCAUCCUUGGCUGCACCAGAGGGGGUGACGGUGAAGGGGCCAGCUUUGGCGGCAGCGUGAGAUAGGUCGGACUCAGCGGCGCCUUUAUCCUUGUACUCUUGGGCUUUGGCCUGGAGGAGUAGUCAGUGGGCUGUCAGAUUGAGGUUGGGGUUGGAAGUUGCUUACUUGGUCACCAGCGCUUCCUGUCAACGAGGCAAUACCUGAGUUGACAUAGCCGGUGGCGGUGUCAACAACCGACUGGAGAGUAGAGGUGUUGUCGUUGGUAGACAUUUUGGAAACUGUGUUCUAGUAAUGGAGGAGGUAAUAGUAUUGUUAAAGACUUGUAUGAUUGUGUGUGAUCUUGCAAUGGUGGAGGAUGGAGAGAGGUUGCAAGAUCUGGGCAAGUUCAAAGGUUUAAAUAUUGCUGAAAAUCCAGUAUUGCGCCUGCCGUUUGUUUCACAGGACGACGGCAACAGGAGCGAC